UAACUACUCCUAAAAAAAACAUAUAUAUAUAUAUACAUAUAGUAUACAGACUUUAUACCGAUAUCUGCACAUACAUAUAUAUUUAAAUGAAGCCCCAAUCGAGGAACCUUUCCUAGCGUGAAAUGCGCGAAGCUUGGAUAAAAUCUCGGAACGUGUGAAAUUCAACAAAAAAUAUAUAUAUAUAAAACAAGAACCAAACAAACGUCAAAAUGCCUGCGAUAAAAUUACUGAAAUUGAAUUCGGCUCCUUCGGAGCGCGAACCGAAGCAACAACAUUUGUCUAUUGAUUGGCCCGGCGAAAUUGGAAGGGCCGCACUCCGUGGACGUCAGCUCGAGUACAACAGCUGCUGGCAUUUUGCAACAAAUUAUUUAAAAAGUUAUUGCCACAUUCAGCGUCAUGGUGUUAAUAACAAUAAAACUUUAUGCUGGCUGACAUUGACUUUGAUUUUAUUGAGCGGACCCAGUGCCACGGGCAUUGCUGCAGAGGCAGCAACUGUGGGCAGCCCAGCUGGCUCAGCUGUGGGCGUGGCAGCAUUGGAAAUUGGCACCUGCAAACAGGCUUUGGGCAUGGAAUCUGGCGCCAUUGCGGACUUUCAAAUUACGGCUAGUUCGGCUCAUGAUAUGGGAAAUGUGGGCCCACAACAUGCCAGACUCAAGGUGGAUAACAAUGGAGGUGCCUGGUGUCCCAAGCAUAUGGUCUCACGUGGCCUCACAGAAUAUCUGCAAAUUGAUCUGCUGCAGGUGCAUUUGGUCAGCGCCAUACGCACACAGGGUCGCUUUGGCAAAGGUCAGGGCCAGGAAUAUACAGAGGCCUAUGUGCUCGAAUAUUGGAGGCCGGGCUUUGAGAAAUGGCUGCGUUGGAAGAAUACCCAGGGCAAAGAGAUACUUCCUGGCAAUAUAAACACCUACAGCGAGGUGGAGAACGUGCUGCAGCCCAGCAUCUUUGCGUCCAAGGUGCGCAUCUAUCCCUACAGUCAAUACGAUCGCACCGUUUGCCUGCGCGCCGAGAUCGUUGGCUGUGCCUGGCAAGAGGGCAUUGUCGCCUACAGCAUUCCGAAGGGUGUGCAGCGCGGCAUGGAAAUCGAUCUAUCCGAUAAAACCUACGAUGGGCACGAGGAGGGCGAUCGUUUUGUGAAUGGACUGGGCCAGCUGGUAGAUGGACAGCGCGGCAAGGAUAACUUUCGCAUGGAUAUCAACGGCUUUGGUAAAGGUUAUGAAUGGGUUGGCUGGCGUAAUGAUACUCUAUCCGGUCGUCCCGUGGAAAUCACCUUUGAAUUUGAAACUGUACGCAAUUUCAGUGCUGUGAUUAUCCACACGAACAACAUGUUCUCCAAGGAUGUGCAGGUGUUUGUGCACGCCAAAGUUUUCUUCAGCAUUGGCGGACGCCAGUUUGUUGGGGAGCCGGUUCAGUUCUCCUACAUGCCCGACCAAGUGCUGGAUCAUGCACGCGACGUGACAAUCAAAUUACAUCAUCGCCUGGGGCGUUAUCUGCAGUUGCAUUUGUAUUUCGCCGCCCGCUGGAUGAUGCUCAGCGAGAUUACGUUUAUAUCAGUGCCCGUAGUGGGCAAUUUCACAGAUGAGGAGCUGCUCAAUGUACCGCCUACAAAUGGCGCCGGUGUGCCAAAUACAUCCGAAUAUCCGCUGCAACGCGAUGAGGUGGGUCGAGCUGUCAGCAGCGGUGGCGAGAGGAGUCAACAUACCACCCAAGUUAUCUCGCCGAAGCCCAUUGACCAUCAGGAGCCGGAAACAAGUUUCGUUGGCGUCAUAAUCACAGUGCUGGCAACAAUUAUACUCUUCCUUGUCGUUAUUAUCCUCUUGAUAAUAGCUCGCAAUAAGCGCGGACGCGGACGUGGCAAUGUUUUGGAUGCAUUUCAGCAUAACUUCAAUCCGGACACACUCGGCGGCGUCGAUAAGCGACUCAAUGGCAACGGCGUCUUAAAGGUGGUCACAACAAUGGAUGACAAUGAGUCGUCCAUUGACAAGAACAGUCUGUACCAUGAGCCCUUCAAUGUGAACAUGUACACAAGCGCGGCCAGUGCCUGCUCCAUGAAUGACCUGCAGCGUCAGCAUGUAACUCCGGACUAUACAGAUGUGCCGGACAUUGUGUGCCAGGACUAUGCGGUGCCUCACAUGCAGCAGCUGCUGCCCAAUGCCGCUGGCACCGGCACCGCCCGCAGCUCACUGAACGCAUCCAUCGUUGCGGCUCCAGUUGUUUCGGCGGCAGCUGCAGCAGCUGUGGCAGUGGCAGUACCACCCGUGCCACCGCCACCAGAGAAAUAUUACGCAGCUACACCAAUUUGCAGCAAGCCAGUGACGGGGCCGCCGGGCUCUCAGAGCAGCGGCUCGUUGAGUAUGAGCUCCUCAAAUACGGCAGCGACCACGCCCACGCCAACAGGCGGCAAACCACAUCAUUACAAUUUGGAUAUGAGCGCUAAUUUCGCCGACAUCAACGAGGAGCAGGCCAAUUGCCAAGUGCAGGAGUUUCCGCGCCAGUCGCUGGUCAUCGUCGAGAAGCUCGGCUCUGGCGUAUUUGGUGAACUGCAUUUGUGCGAAACAAAUGUGUUGAACGCCACCCUUGUCGCAGUUGCCACACUUCGUCCUGGUGCAAGCGAUCAUCUGAGAAAGGAAUUUCGCAGCAAGGCUAAGCAGUUGGCGCGUCUCAGCGAUGCGAAUGUGGCUCGCUUGGUGGGCGCCUGCCUGCGGGACGAGCCCAUAUGUAUUGUGCAGGACUAUUCGAAUUGUCUGGGUGACUUGAAUCAAUUUCUGCAGGAGCAUGUGGCUGAAACAAGCGGACUGAUGGCCAACAAGAGUCUGAGCUAUGGCUGCUUAGUCUACAUUGCCACACAAAUUGCAUCGGGCAUGAAGCAUUUGGAGCAAAUGAAUUUCGUACAUCGGGAUCUGGCAACAAGAAGUUGCAUCAUUGGACCCGAGCUGAGCGUCAAGGUCUGUUCAAUUGGCACUGUGAUAAACCGUUCGGCCUAUGCGUCGGACUAUUGCCAGCUGGAGGGCACCACGGGCCGACAGACGCAGCCAAUGCCCAUACGCUGGAUGGCCUGGGAGAGUGUCCUGCUGGCCAAAUUCAGCACCAAAUCGGAUGUUUGGUCCUUUGCCGUUACCCUUUGGGAGAUAUUGACAUUCGCCCGAGAGCAGCCCUAUGAGCACAUGACAGAUGCGAAUGUUAUUGAAAACAUUGGACAUAUAUAUCAGGACGAUAAAAUGCAUGAACUGUUGCCAAUGCCACUCAACUGUCCGCGCGAAAUUUACGAUCUCAUGUGCGAAUGCUGGCAACGCAACGAAUCAAGUCGCCCCAAUUUCCGGGAGAUACAUUUGUUUUUGCAGCGCAAGAAUUUAGGUUUUAAGCCCGACACCCAAACACUGAUGUAUUAAAAAUGUAAAAAAAAAGCAAAAAAAAUAUACACAGAAAAUAAGAACUACACGCGUUUUUAGCAAACAUUUAAAAAACAUAUAUAUCAAAUAUUAUAUGGUAAAUUUAAAUUGAAACUACACGACAAAAAUAAAUAAAAUAAAACAAUGCGAAUUUAAUGUAUUUGAAUGAAAAAUGCAUUUAAAAUUAAAUGAUAUGUAGGCAAAAAUUCGGCUAUUCGUAUUUCAGAGUGCUCUAACCAAAAGAUAACCAAUGAAAACUCAUAUAGAGUCGAAGAUUAUGAAUAAUGUUCUAAAAUACAAAUUUUUAUUAAAAGAAAAAACUUACCUGUUGAAAUCCUCAAUCUUUAACACAUAAAAUUUAAGUAAU